AAUUUCGUGUUUCCAAUUCGCGAUCUCGAGAGUGCUCGUGUCAAGUUGACACCAUUCGACCCUCUUUUGCACGGGGAGGAAUAUUUCCAGAAAAGCAAAGAAGCCCCAGAAUUGUACAAAUAUUACACAUCCGGUCCGUUCAACUCAAAAGAGGACUUCUUCGACGAAUAUGUCGAGGAAAGGAUUCGGAAAGAUCCAAAUGCAAUCCUAUUCGCCAUCUUGGAUAAAACCAGUAAACGAUUCGUUUCACGUGUCGAAGAACGACAAGAUCAACUAAUCUCGUUGCCAGAGGACACUCCACGUCUCGCAGGGACUAUCGGUCUCUUGAACACCAAAGUAGUGAAUCAGAGCACAGAGAUGGGAUUCGUUGUCGUCUUCCCCGAGUUCCAGAAAACGCACGUAACAUCCAACGCGAUCGGCCUCCUCCUACACUAUUGCCUCGAACUUCCUGCCGAACAUGCCAAAGGCGAACUCAAGUACGAUCCAGGUCUCGGAUUGCGACGCGUGCAAUGGCAAGCACAUGGGGAGAACGCUCAGUCCGUUCGUUCUGCGGAGCGCAUGAGAUUCCGAAAGGAGGGUUUGAUUCGCUGGGACAGACCGAUGAGAGAAGGGAAGAUCGGCAUGCACGUAUCUCCGGAGCGUGCCGCCCUUCGCGCGGGCGUUGGAAUACAUUCCUGGAUGUUAUCGUUGUGCUGGGAUGAUUGGGAG